AUGGCUCCUCGCCACACGCUGUCGCUAUCGCCAAACUCAGGACGCCGAGAACGCCGAGCAUUCGAGUUUUACUUUGUAUCAGCAGCUCCGCAACUAGCUGGUGGCAUGAGCAUUGACUUCUGGACAACCGUCGUCCCCCAAAUUUGCCGCAGUGAGCCAGCAGUGUGGGAUGCCAUGAUAGCAAUCAGCGCACUAUUCGAAUAUCCAGAUCAGUGCCUGGAUUUCACUUAUCUACGGAAUUGUCACAAGAGGUCUGAAUCGCUCAGCCAAAUACAGCAAGAAGCUUUAUCCUGGUACUCGCGUUCGAUAUCGAGCAUUAGUUCGCAAAUUGCUGGGAGAGGAGCAGAUCCAUACAUCGCACUUAUCAGCUGCAUACUGUUCAUAUGCAUAGAGACCAUUCAGGGACGCGUGGAAGAGGCACUCCAGCUGUACCGCCAAGGCGUUAGCCUGAUUCUCGACCUACGUGUUCAAGUAAGCCAUGGAAUGGUCUCCACUAGCAAGGUUGCUCUCCUGGAGGACACCAUCGUCCCAUUGUUUUUGCGUCUGUGUGCUGUUUCUCUCUCGAUAUCGGGUGUCCAGCCAUGCGAACUUUACACACUCGCCAAUAUUGGCAUUCCCGCUGUCUUUUCAUCUGUUGAUUCCGCGCGGUUUGUUAUCGCUAAUCUUUACACCGAGGCCCAGCUUUUUGAAAAUGAGGCAACAAAACAUAUCUGGGCGGUCGGCAGAGACGCCGCCAUCAGUCAAGAUCUGCUCAAUCGACAGCAUUCUCUCAAAGAUCGACUCAACAAUUGGCAUCGUGCGUAUAUCGGGAUGUGCCAGAACCUCCAUACAAGAGCAGCGAUGCCAACCAAUGCCGAGCCAAUAUUGAUGACCUAUCACGCGGCAUUAUUUAUCUUCGUCUCCGAGUGCCUCACGCACCAUGAAAUAGUCUAUGACAAUCAUCUUGCUGGAUUUACAACCAUUGUUGAGCAGGCUAGCUUGACUCUUGCUAGCACGGUAGGACCAAAUGGAGCCCAACCGCCUUUCACAUUUGAGAUGGGCAUUGGCAUGCCACUCUUUUUGACCGUCAUGAAAUGCCGAGACUCGAAUCUGCGGCUGCGAGCUUUGGAUUUGUUACGGCAAGCACCGCCAAUGCAAGGGUUUUUCAAAUGCACACCUGUUGCUCACCUGUCCGAGAACUUCAUGAAACUUGAAGAAAGCUACGGCAAAGCAAUCAGAGAAUCUACAGGAGAUCAUUCGGUUGAUAUACCAGAAGAGGCUCGCAUAUGCCAUUAUGGUGUUUUCCGGCCCCAGGAUGGUCUCCCCCCCCGGUAUCGUUGA